AUAGCAGUGUGCUUCCUUGCUCAUGUAAAAGCUGAGAGCGGAGAAGAUAUUGUUUCACUCUUCUGACGGAUCUCGGGCUCUGCGACGCAGCCAUGGCUGGACAGACAGAGCGCUGGAGGGCUUUGUGGCUACUGCUGCUUGUGUGUCUCGCGCUCCAGACAGUGGAGUUUGAGUUGACAGAGGAGGACUGGGAGGAGCUGCCAGCAAGCCUGCUCUCUCUUCACAGGCUGAAGGGACUUCAUGACCAGAUUACCCACGAGGCCACACCUGACACAAACAUCCCUUUGCUCAGGUCAGCAAUGUUCCUGGGACGUAUUGGAGCCCGUCGGUUAUCUGCUCCUGAAAGUGUUUUGCAGUAUAAAACGACAGAGAAGGACAUAUUUGAAGAUUUGAAAGGUUGCCAGGAUUUGCCACAGUGCCUUCUCCAAAAGGAACAGGACUUUAAAGGUUUUCUGGCACAUGUCGAGGGACAGAAGCUUCAGGAUGUUCUGCUGUCUGCAUCUGAAUUAUCAUCCAACUAUCAAAACAAAGUUCUCCUUAUGAUGGACGAGGAGGCAGAAACGCUACAGAGAGCAGAAGAGGAAUACUUAAAGGACCCUUUGAACUCCAUGAAGUUUGGCCAAGCCUGCCUAUUCAAUGACUCAUGCCUCAUGAAGGUUCGCAGGGACACAGUAGUGAGGAUAUUUGGUCGGACCUCAGAGGACGGCAGUAGUGUUUCUGAUCAUGGUGGUUCAAUACUGGCCACAAUACUGCUUCAGACAGAGCUUAAGACUGCAUCUCUUUUCUCUAUCGAUGGCAAACACGAGCAUCUCUUUUCAGAGGAACUUCAUGAGAGUAUUUAA